AUGAUCGAUGAUGGCACAAGGUCUGCUCCCGCAGCCGUCGUUCAUCAACUCCAUCUCAAAGGGCUGUCAGAGAAGACCAUCUCCACCGAUGUUGGCUGUUCGUUGCCCGAUGGAUUCUAUCAUUUGCCAGCCAUCUAUCACCUAGAACGACGAGCCAUCUUCUCGAAGCGAUGGAUCCUGGUCUCGCACAAGGCUCGAUACUGCAAUGUCGGGGACUACGUGCAGUAUGACAUGGCAGGCUUCAACUUUGUCGUUGUCAAGAACAAGGAAGGGGACAUUGUGGGAUUCCAUAAUAUCUGCAGGCACCGCGCUUUCCCAAUAGUGCACGAGACCAGUGGAACUGCGAGGAUCUUUUCUUGUAAAUACCAUGGAUGGACGUACGGGCUGAACGGCACAUUAACCAAAGCUCCUCGUUUCACUCCCGAGUCGGUCCCGGCCUUCGACGCUUCGGACAUUCGUCUCUUCCCCAUCCACACGCACGUUGACAGGAACGGGUUUGUCUACGUCAACUUGGAUGCGCGCCCGGAGCCAGAGAUCUCGUGGGUAGAACAGUUUGGGGAUCUUGAUCGCCAGGCCGUUCUCCAGAACUCCGGCGUGGAUUGGGACGCGAUCGAAUAUGAUUUCACGUGGGUCAAAGAAGGAAAGUUCAACUGGAAGAUCAUGCAAGACAAUUACAAUGAGUGCUACCAUUGUCUCACAGCACAUCCAGAUGUUGCCAGAACGACCGCUCUUGAUACAUAUUACGUCUCACCCGGUACGCCGCACCACUACAUCUCGCAUUUCAGCGAACCCAAGGCCUCCAUCCUCGCCACAUCGGCCUUUGAUACGACCCGUUUUGCUGGCAGGUCAGCCACUCAUGUCUGGCCGGGCGGUCACUUCAGCCCGAACCCAGGGACGGGAUUCAUGCACCUGAUGCGUAGCCUGCCGACCUCGCCCACCACGACGCGGCAGGAAUACGACGUAUACAAGCUGAACACGCCGCACGCGACGCCCGAGGCACAUCAGCGAAUGAUCAAUUUCUACCAGAAAGUCGUGGACGAGGACUUUGGCCUCUGCGAACGUGUGCAAACGAACCUCGAACGCGGCAUCUUCCAAGCCGGUCCGUUACACCCUUUCCACGAAGAAGGCGUGCAGGCGUUCCAAGCCAUGGUGCUCAAGGUGCUGAGACAGCAGAUUAAGCUGGAGGAGGCCGCUGGCAGGGAGAUUUGGGCCGCUAGGCCGCCGGCACAGAGAGUUGGGAAGAAAGAGAUUAAUUCUGCUGAUGUUGCGAACGGCGAUGGUGAAUUGGAUGGGAAGAGCAUCUGUGCGAAGAUGCUGGAUUGCGACCAGACGAGGCUGGAAGGCCUGGAAUGGUAG